UUUGCUUCAAGCGUAUGUGGGACAGCAUUUUACACCAGCUGGAAAUAUCGAGGAGGACUGAGUAAAUCUGGUACAGUAUAAUCUGGGCGAGGCUUGGUGUGUGUUUGUGGAGCUCGGCUGGCUCUUCCUCUGCUGAGCCCCUCACACCACAGACGACCGUCCGAUUAGCAGCAGCGUCUCUCUGCACAAACAUUUUUCAGGACGUCAAGAUGAAGCUGCUGGUGCUGCUCAGUUUUCUCCUCUGCCUCUUUGCCUGUCAUCUCAGUGAGGCCAGAGUCAUCCCAGAAGGAGCGCCUUAUGAAGAACCACCAGCUAUUCCCUACUGGCCCUACUCCACCUCCGAUUUCUGGAACUACAUCGAAUACUUCAGAUCCAUCGGCGCCUACAACCACGUCAAUGAGAUGGCCCGGGCCUUCUUCGCCCACCAGCACCUCGGAGACACCCUGGGAUAUGAGACCAACGCAGGGCAUGAACACUGAGAGGGACGGAAGGAACCAGAAUGUGGAGGAAUAAAGGGAAAGAUUGGGGGAAAACAAGGAAAUUAUAAAAACAUAAAUAAAUAAAUGAAAGCCGGGGAGAGUAGACAAUUUUGUUGUUAUUCUUUUCCCUAAUAUCUAACUGUUUUUAGCAUAGCCAAACAUACAUAGAAUGGAAAUAGAGUUAAAAAAUAAAAAAAAAGUGUUUUAGUAUUGUAUACUAUACUCAUGUAAUGUGCCAUGAAUAAAACAUUUAAAAAAUGUG